AUGCUUUCAAACCACCAAUUCGAAGAUCUAAAGCGACGUUUCGGUCCAUCAGAUUUGUUCGCCGAAGACAGCAGUCAGUCAGAAUUCCUAGAUACAAAAGCACUUCAUUCAUUCCAACUUCUCUUGUGUAAUCGUUGUCUCACUUACGAUUGCCUUAUUCACGGCGUUAAUGCAACGGAGACAGAAGUCCGGCGACGUCGUGGAGUAACAAGCGUUGAACCUUGUGGACUUCAAUGUUUUAGGCAUUUGACGAAAGAAAUGGAGGAAGCGAAACGCCGUUGUGCGUCCCCGCCGGAUACGAAAACGAUAAAUGCCAUAUUAAACAUAAAGACAGAAGACAUCAAUUGGACAGCACAGCAAGAAUCAAUGUUCAUUGCUUUACGGCGAACUUACAAGAAUGAUUUCUGCAAAUUAGCUGAAGUUCUAAAUUUAGUUGUAGGAAAUGCACCACCGAAAUCUUGCCGAGAGUUGUAUGCAUAUUCUUUUCGCACGGCACCAAUAUCACCGAGAGCCGACGUCUCACCAAAUUCACCACCGAAAAAGAAAAAGAAUAUGAAAGAUCAACACCGCACAUUUCGCGCUGUUAAAUGGGCGAAAACGGAAGGCAAAGUUGGGAAUACCCAUGUUUAUGAGCCUUGUUCUCACAGUGGGCCUUGUUCAGUGGAAAACAAUUGUUCAUGUGUUAGCGUCGAUAAUCUAUGUACAAAAUUUUGUCGCUGUGGUGAACAGUGUAAAUAUAGAUUUCCUGGCUGUCGCUGUGCACCAGGUUUAUGUCGAACAAAGCAGUGCCAGUGUUUCUAUGCUAAUUGGGAAUGUGAUCCGGAUGUUUGUAAAUCAUGCAAGUGUGAUGUUUUGGAUGAUCCUAAUGUUGCGACGUGCAAAAAUGUAGCUAUGCAACGUGGCUUACAAAAGAAAUUAGUUAUUGCUCCUUCACAAGUUGCUGGUUGGGGUUGUUUUGCAGAAGAAGAUAUUGAAAAAAACGAUUUUAUAUCAGAAUAUUGUGGCGAAGUUAUAAGUCAUGAUGAGAGCGAAAGGAGAGGCAAAAUAUAUGAUAAGUUAAAAUGCAGUUAUCUUUUUGGUUUAAAUGAUGAAAUGGUAGUAGACGCCACCAGAAAGGGCAACGUUAUUCGGUUUGCAAAUCACUCAAAGGAUCCAAAUUGCAUGGCAAAAGUAUUCAUGGUUAAUGGAGACCACCGUAUAGGUAUUUUUGCACGUAGGCCAAUUAUAGCUGGCGAGGAGCUCUUUUUUGAUUAUUCCUACAACUCUUAUCAACAGCAAGUAUUGAAAAAUGAACCAGCAUUACUGAAACUUACAACUCCAAUGAAUAUUUGCGGUGAUAUUAAUGGGCAUUAUCAUGAUUUGCUGAGAAUAUUUCGGUCUUUGCCAAUAGCGGCAGUAUUGGCCAACAAAAUAUUUUGUGUGCAUGGUGGCUUAAUCAAUAAAAUUGAACGUCUUGAUCACAUUAAAAAAUUGGAACCGGAUGAAAAACCAGUGUUGAUGAAAUUAAUGCCAACAACAGGAGAAUCGAAUCGCAAUCUGAGUGAAUCUAUUGAUGACGAUAUUGAUAAUAAACUUAGCGAAUUUGGUGUUGAUUGCAUAAUACGGGGGCACCAGGUAGUAAAUGGCUAUUUGUUAUGUCGUGGUGGUCGUGUGAUAAUACUUUAUUCUGCAUCAUCUUUACAUCAAUCUUUCAACAAUUUGGCAGCCAUUGCAAAGAUAUCUGAAUCACUUGAGGUAUCAUUUAUCAAAUUCCAUCUAUGUAGCCUCAGCAACCGUGACUGCCAAGUUCAUACACAAAUUACUCCAUGA